CGGGCCGAGCCGCGCCCCGCCGGGGGAGCCGGGACCGCGCUGCCGGGACCGAGCCGCCGCCGGGCCGCGGGGGAUCACCUGACUCCACCAACUCCCUUUGCGCUGGCUCCUCGGCGCCGGUAUCCAAUUCAGCAGGCCCAAUACUCCUCGUUGGGGGCCCUUCCCACAGUAUGCCUGGAUGGCUACCAGAGGAAAAGCCUGCUAUCUGCUCGCAACUCCAGCAUGGUGCACAGCCCGGUGACAGUGAAGAUUGCCCGGCCGGACAGCAACCUGGCUCGCUCUCCACUCUUGGAGCAGCUGGUUUCGCCUAUGGCCUUGUCAUGCAAUAGCACCGUGGACCCAUGUGCAAAGGAGACUGUACUGAGUGCCCUCAAAGAGAGCAGGAAGAGGGCUGUGGAGGAGGAGGACGACCAGAGUUUCCCCAGUGGUCAGGAGAACAAAAGAAGACGCCAUGACAGCAGUGGCAGUGGGCAGUCUGCAUUUGAGCCUCUGGUAGCCAAUGGAGCCCCAGCUUCUCUGGUACCCAAGCCAGGCACUUUGAAGAGGGCCCUCGUUUCCCAGUGCCUAGAUGAUUGCUUGAGCAAGAGAUCGCGCUCUUCUUCCAUCAGCUUCAUGAACACCACAUAUACUGGUGGGAUUCCCAGCUCCAUCCGCAAUGCCAUCGCUAGCUCCUACAGCUCCACCCGGGGACUCUCGAAGUUGUGGAAGAGAAGUGGCCCGAGUACUUCACCUCUCUCCAGUCCAGCCUCUUCCCGCUCUCAGACACCGGAGAGGCCUAGCAAGAAAGCCAGGGAGGAGGAUGCUCACUGGUCCAGCACGUCUACCCCUGUAAAAUCUGACAAGGAGCUGCAGACAGAAAAGGCUUUGGAGACUCCUGUGCGGAAGAAGCAGAGUUCCUUGACCUCGCCGGCCAUGUCGGGGAGCAGUGGGAAACGCAAGCGGAAGAUCCAGCUGCUUUCUUCUCGCCGAGGAGACCAGCUUACCCUGCCCCCACCCCCUCAGCUGGGUUAUGCUGUCACAGCAGAGGACUUGGAUGCAGAAAAGAAAGCAGCACUGCAAUGGUUCAACAAAGUCUUGGAGGAUAAGACAGCAGUAGAGGCCACCCCAAGCACUGCUGCAAAAAGCACCCCUGCAUCCAGGCCUGUGUCAUUCACACUGACAUCUACUGGGCCUGCAUCUGUUUCCUCGGCCCCCCUGGUCACCAGCACUGGGUCACUCCUGGAGAGUCUGAAGAAGAUGCAGAGCAGCCAGAGUGCACUUGUGCUUUCAGAUUCGACUGGUGCUGCAGUGACAUCUCAGCUGCCUCUGACAGUUCCCAUGGUAUUGCUGGAUUCAGGUUCACUCCCUGCAGCUGGGUCUGACUCCAAGCCUGGGCCAACAUUAAACUUGCCUGCUCCCUUGGCCCCUCCCUCCUCCGCUGCCCAGCCUGCCAGCACUGUGAGCAACGUGGCGAUUCCUGCUUCAACUGACCUGGGCCAGACGCCCACCAAGACACCCUCCCCCCCUAAACCCAGCAUUCUCUUUGGGAUGCUGAGCACACCGCCUGCCAGCCAGCCUGGACCAGGGGCAGCAUCGACCGCACCCACGGCCACUCCCAUGUUCAAACCAAUCUUUGGCACCCUGCCAAAAAGCGAGAGCGUGGCGCGCUCUGCAGCUGGCACCUCUCUGGCAGUCGCAAUAUCUACCAGCUCUGUGCCUCCCUCGACAGCGUCUUCCUCUGCCGCCACCACCACCACCACAUUCAAGCCCGUCUUUGGGAACUUAGCAGCUGCUGCUGCACCUAUAGCAACAGCGUCUCCUUUCACAUUCAAGCAGAUACCUCAGCCAGCCCCAGCUGCUGAUCUGACAGCACCUUCCACUACAGACACCACCUCUGUCUUCACCGGCCUCCCCAGCGCUGUCUUUACUACUGCAGCCAGCGCUGCCAGCACACUGAGUGCCACCACUGACGCCACCACAAAGCCAGCCUUCAGCUUUGGACUUGGCGUGCCGCUCGCCACCAGUGCAUCCAACAGCACAACCGUCACUGCGCCCGUCUCCACUAGAGCAACCCAGCCGUUCCUGUUCGGAGCCUCUCCAAACCCGGCCCCCAGCACAGCAGCAAGCUUCACAUCUACCGCUCCUAUCUUCCAGUUUGGAAAGCCUGCAGCCCCCACUGCCAGCGUUCCGGCAGGCUCCACCUUCGGGCCAGCACAGGCUGCUCCCAGCACCACUGCUGGCUUUAGCAUCUUUGGGGGCACAAAUCUGACCUCUUCUACCCCACCAACCACCAGUCAGUCAACGCUGUCGUUUGGUUCCUCCACUGCAGCAUUUGGCGGUUCCUUCGGAACAGGUGCAAAACCGCCCCCUCCGUAUCCCGGUGCAGCUGGUCAGCCUGCGUUUGCCAGUGGCACCCCGGAGAGCCAGCAGCUCACCAGCAAACCUGCCGCUGGCCCCGCGAGCUUUAGUACCCCUGCUUUUGGCUUUGGGGCCUCUGCAGCUCCCUCUGCGGCACAGCCGGCGUUCGGGAACAACUCGCAGCCAGUUUUCGGAGGGACUAAUACCCAAGUUUCCUUUGGCACCAACAGCUCCCAGCCAGCUUUUGGAGGCACUACAUCAGUGUUUUCCUUUGGAACAGCCACCGCUUCAAGCACGUCGAGUUUUGGUUCCAACACCCAGCCUACGAAGAGCAGUACAGGUAGCAUGGUAUUUGCCGGAACCACCGCCUCUCCGUUCCCCUUUGGGGUGUCCAACCAGCAGAGCACAGGCGCCAGUGCCUUUGCCAUGGGAGCGUCUGCCCUGAGUGGGGGCACCCCCUCCGUGGCAUUCAAUUUUGGGGCUGGACAGAACGGAUCGGCAAGCACAGCAACCCCCUUUGGUUCUUCCCUGACACAGAACACGUUGGGUGCCCAAAACCAGAGCGCGCCGUUCGCCUUCGCUGUGCCUGGCACUCCUGACAGCAAGCCUGUGUUUGGAGGAACUCCCACUCCCUCCUUUGGGCAGAGCACACCUGCUCCAGGAGCAGGGCCUGUCGGGAGCAACAGCCUUUCCUUUGGGACCCCCAGCACUCCUGGGUCGGGCUUUGGAGGAGCCAGGCCUCCAUUUGGACCAUCAACCCCUGCGUUUUCCAUCGGGGCAGGAUCCAAGACUGGGCCCCGUCAGCGGCUGCAGGCACGAAGGCAGCACCCCCGCAAAAAAUAACCUCUUGGGUCUUCUGUUGGAUCUUAGUUCUGGCCCAGCUGUGAAGAGCCCCAGCCCAGCCACCCGAGCCGAGGGUAUCUGAGCUCUAAGUAGCCCUUCUGACAAGGAGCCGGGGCCCUUGGGUCAGGCGCUCGGUUCUGAAAUCGGCUGGAGACGCUUCUGGGUGGCGGCGACUCCGACGCAGGACAGGACAAACCAAACCCUUCGUACUUGAACAGUUCCACAGCCGAGACUGGAUAAACUCUGUACAUAUCAGCAGCGUUCCUUUCCUCCCUUAUUUCUCCAGGGCUCACAAUGUGUCAUUUCUCCAUGGCUUCAUCUAGCAGCUCCUGUGCUCUUCUGACCAUACUGACACUUCAGCCUUGCCCAUCCACCGUGUACCGAGUGUGUGGCGUCGGAGCUGGUGGGGGACGAGGGGAGGUGCCCAUGGUGCAGGCUGAUAUGCACGUUCCCUGUCUGUGCCUGAACGGAAACUCGCAUUCUGCUCCUUCCCAUGCUGUGGCCCUGCGUUCCCCUGUGUAGCUUUGCUGUAAGUGAGGCUCUUCCCUCCAGGCAGAUGCGUUCCCAGUCUGCCUCGUGGCUGCUGGUUCUGGAAGGGGCGUAUUUUCACUGGCUCCAGAGGCCUUUCCCUGCACGGUGAUCUCAUGCCCUGGUAAAUGCACCUCUCGCCCCUCCUCCUAAGGGACUCCAGCCUCUGGUUUGAACUGGCAGGUGCUGGCUUGCCAGACAUCUGGCCUGGGCAAAUCUAGUGGGUGGGACUGGCCCGAGUCCCUGUGUGUUGGGGAGUAACUCUUGGUGCUCCAGACAGCUCCUGCAUCUGCGCCUAAUGACCCACUGUGAGCAAUCUGCCUCUCAGUGGUCCCACACAGACCCUGCAACUCAGCAUCUUGCCUUUGCUGCGGGAACCCAGGCCACUGCAGGGGUAGCCAACCUCUGCAUCCAGGAGAGCAGGAGGGUGGUGCCUUUGGUGCACGAGCCAUGUUCUGCCAGGCCCAGGCCCAGGCCCAGGCAUGAGCAGAACCCCUGCCCAGAGGAGGUGGGAUGCUGCCACUUACUGCCCUCUCCCAUCGUGAUGCUUCUGUAGUCUUCCCUGCUCCUGUCUAAGCACUGUCUGUUGUGCUCUUCGUAUGUCUGUUCGCUCAUUGAAUCGAGCUUGGAGGAAGAAUUGAACCGUGUGAGUGGCGGCAUGUUGGUAAUGCCGGAUUUGCUGUGUAAAGAUUUUGCGGGGAGGCUGUCUCCUAGUGGAGGAUGCACCCUGCCUCAUUGGGUGUUGAGAGUAGCAUCGUUGUGUGGCUACUAGUGCUGAGUGAACUCUAUCUUAAAUGUGAUGACUGAAAGGAUGGCAGCCUGGGCCGUGGGCGGGUCGCAGGGGCUGGAAGGGUUCCCUAGGUCCCAGGCUGGCAGCUCUUCUCUCCUGUGUCUGCCCACGAGCUUGGUACCCAGCCAUGGGUCUGUCGCACACGUCCCCUCAGUGCCAGGCUUCCCUAGGGCUGCCCGAAGCCACUAAAGGGAAAGAAUCCUCAACUGACACGCUUAGGACUCUGCUUCUUGCCCCUUUUAAAACUUGCAAACUCCUCCUCCCUUAGCCUGGCUCCAGGGGCUGGGUGUGCUCAUUUCCAGCCAGCGGGGGGCGCUCAUGGGGCUGCCCCUGUACCUUGGCGCUCAGAGGGGAGAGGGCCAGGGCUCCUAUUCCCUCUACUGCCCGCAGCCUCUGGGGAGCUCUCACUGGGAGGAGGAGGCCUUGUGUGCCUCGGGGAGAGUGGCCAACACCCCAAAGGCCUAGGCCCCUUUGACCCCCCCAUGUUCCAAGAGUGACUCUGGCUGCCAGAUCUUUUUACUACUCAGAGGUGUGAGUGUGUGUCUGCCGAAUCCUAAAUUAACAGAUAUUUAAACAUUUUUUAAGAAAAUAAAAAUUUAUUUUUAUAUUUAAGCUAAAUUGCCUUUGAAUUCCUUCAAGCUUGGUUCACUGAGGUGGUCAAAAGUUCAAAGCUGUCGACUAGGAUUUAGCUGUGCAGUUACCUCUGGGGAGGAGGAAGUGGUCCCUUGUGGGCCUGGAACCCACCCCUGCCAGCCGGGGCAGGCUGGGCUAGCAGCUGGGAAGUGAGCUAGCCCGUGGGGCAGGAAGGGCUGGCCUGCUCUGUUCGAGGGGGUGCAUUCUCUUCCUGCUGGCAGGAGCUGCCGGGCUUCUCCUCCCUGACAGUCAAUGUUACAUGAAAUGUACUUAAUUCUUUUAUAAUGUGAUGUAUGUGGAUGUGACUAAACUUUUUUAUUUUUCCUUGA